CAGCACUUGAUCGUUCAGAGGUGCAGCUUUCUUCCUUGCAGCCGAUUUCUUCUGCACUUUAAACUGAUCAUAGACCGUGUUUGGCACAUCUGGUAGAAAGCCAUCGUUGUCACAGGCAGGUGAGAGGCUCUACUCUUUUUGCACAAGAUCCAGGAAUCGUACAUUCCUAUUUCUUGAAAUGGUAAAUAAACACAGACAUGAGCCUGAGAUACAAAAAAUAUUUUUUCUGUCUUCACAAAAAGAGUAGAGCCUCUCAGACUCAAUGGCUGCGUCUGUAAGUUUAAGGAACAUCUUUGUGAAACAAGGGUGUAGCAGUCUCUGAACUCAUACCCAUGGAGUCUACUGGAGUCUAUUGUAAUCCAUCUUAAUAUCCAGGAGAACAUGGCAUCUCAGAAGAUAUAGUGAUUGGCCAGUGGUUUCAGUUAACAUCCUGAGUGUGGUGGGGCUUCAUGGAGAAGCUAGGAGUGGUGGUCUGGCUGACUUCUGGGUACCACGCCCAAAUGAAAAGACCAAGAGACUUGAUACAGAUCAUGAUUCCUCAUAACCUGCAACACUCCCUAAAGUGCUCACUAUUCCAAAGUUUCCACUUCUUUCCCAACUCUGGAUAGCUGUUUCCAGCUAAAUGAGGUAUGAAAACAGGCCAACCAACUUUUUGAAACUCCAGCCCAAACAAGAAUUUGCAAACAGAAGGCAUGUAAUCACCAGCCUACCAGAAGAUCAAGUAUGGCAUGGCCUACAAACAUGACACAAGCUUGUGUUUUCAAUCCCCAGAUUACUGACCACACACAGAGUCCAUUAUAAUCACACCACAUCCACAGUUGGCAUAAAAAUUCAGAAAUACAUACUGAUACAUGCCAUCAUUUACCAAGAGAUUUCGACCUGCUUAUUCUGUUAUUUUGCCUGGUGCAGUUCCUGUUGUUUGCUGAUGUUGUUUGCUUGUUAUUGGACAUGGCUUUUGGAUCAUAUAUCUGACCUGCUUGCUAAGUUAAAUAAAACCACUGAGCACCUACACUCGCAUCUAUACCUGACUCCUGACAGCUGGUUGGGCUCGUUAAUUCGUCAAAAAUGAACUGGAAAUAAAACACUCUUCCAUACAAACUUUUCAAACCUGACUAGAGUUCAAUUAUCAUUGUAUGCAUAUUUGUCGUUUUGAAGUCUACACUGUGCACUUUUCUGUCUAAUUAAUUUUGUUACUUAAACUAUAAACUUUUGUGUUAAGAUUACUGCACUGAAUCUUUCUUUUGUAGGUCGCAAUAUUUUUAUUGUAAAACAUCAAUAAAGUUGGCUUCAUCAUGCAUUUAUCAAUCUCUAAUAAGAAGUAUGGAGCAGGUGAUAUCAGGGUAGGCUGGUAACAACAAUGAUGUUGCUAGAUAAUUACUAACAAACCAGCAACAAGGACAAUGGGAACUUAUGCAAAUAUGAUGAUGUCAUGCUAAAGCGUUUCUACUGGCUGCAAUUUAAAUACCAAAAUGCAUAUAACGUUAGCAUUGAGAAGGGUCUUGUUUUUAUCUUUGUACAUACAUUUGUGUAUGCAAAAAAUAUCAGCUAUACUGAAUCUCUGUAAGCAGAAGUUAAUUUUAAGUAAAUUGUUUCAAUUGUUAAUACUGAUAUCUAUAAAUAUAUAUAUAUAUACAAUUGAGCAGAAAUUUUUUACUAGUAAAGGACAUUUUACUGUGUUUGAAUGGACACACUGUUCAUGAACAUCACUGAUGUGGAGAUUUUGCUGCUCUGCUUCCCACACCAGCCUGAUUCCUGCCUCCGAACAGCACGUUUAUUUUUCAUCAGAUCGGCCAUGUACUUCUUAACUGUAACUGCUAUCCUUAUGACUGUUUUUGGGAAUCUGUUGGUCAUCAUCACUAUUUCCCAUUUUAAACAGCUGCAUUCACCAACUAACUUCAUCAUUCUCUCCUUGGCAUUUGUGGACUUCAUGUUGGGCUCCUUGAUCAUGCCCUUCAGUAUGGUGAGAUGGGUGGACGGAUGCUGGUUCAUGGGAGAUCUGUUUUGCCAAAUUCAUUCCAGUUUAGACAUGACGCUUAGUGUUGCCUCCAUCCUGCACCUGUGUUUGGUUUCUAUUGACAGAUACAUGGCCAUUACUGACCCUCUGGCUUAUAGGAUGAAGGUGACGAAUGGAAAUGCAGCAGUGUGUAUCGCGGCCGUUUGGAUUUUUUCGUGCACGUUCAGUUUUGGAACAGUUUUUUCCAAAAUUAACACUGCUGGUCUGGAUGAACAAAUGCUAAAAACAUGUGUUGGAAAUUGUGUUUUGAUUUUUAACAAGGAAUGGGGUGUUAUUGCACCACUUCUUAACUUUUAUAUCCCUGGAGCUGUAAUGACUUGUUUGUACCUUAAAAUCUUUCAUGUUGCAAGAAAACAGGCGAGACUGAUUUCCGAUCGAACUGCUACACUCACAUACGGUGAGACAAAAAAGCAGGUAUCGGAGCAGAGGGAGAGAAAAGCAGCUAAAACUCUUGGUAUUGUUAUGGGUGUUUUCAUUUUGUGUUGGCUGCCUUUUUUUCUUAUCACAGUUAUUGAUCCAUUUCUAAAUUAUGCAACCCCACUUGAUGUUUUUGAUGCACUGGUCUGGUUUGGUUACUUUAAUUCCAUGUUUAACCCUCUGAUUUAUGGAUUUUUCUAUCCACGUUUUCAAAAGGCAUUUAAGAUAAUCAUUGUAAGACAUCUUCUUCAUCUGAAAGGCUCUAGUAACUUAGUGCUUCACUGAUAUCUGUUUUGGUGUUUGUCGUAUAAAAACACAUCCUUUAUAGAUAAGAGUGGGAAAACUGAAGUAAAUGUGUAUAGUAUACCAUUUCAUCAAUCGUUCAUAAAAGAUUUGUUGAAUGGGAACUAUGUGGGAACUGUAUAGUGCUCAGCUACAUUUCAUAUACACUUUAUAUCUAGGGAUAUCUGGCUUUUGGUAAAAAUUAAAACUCAAAAAUAUAUAAAAACAGUAUUUUAGUGCAAUUUAUGUAAAUUGCUUAUCUGAACUUUUUUAGAAAAAAAUUCUUUAGCAGGUUCCAACUCAGUACUCCUACAAAUCAGUCAAUUAAGUCCUCAACACGAGAUAAACUUUAGUGAACAAAAUUACAUUUUUUUUUACGUACAAUUUGUUUGUGAAAAAAGAAUUACUGAAAAAUAUAUUUGUAGCAGGAAUAUAAUAAAAUGUAACUCUAAAAGAGCUGGAAGGUCAUGUUACAUACGAAAUAAAAACAUGUACAGUGUAGUGCAAACUCUAAACAGCAUUUUUCAGUGUCUCCAGGAACUUUUUACUAUAUAUAUGUUCAGGUAAUCAUUGGAGUCCUGUUGAUUUAAAUGUAUUGAGAUUUAUUUUUAUGUUGAU